UAUAUGUUUCUUUAUUCACUCAAUUAUUCCCUAAAUCAUGGGUCAUAACCCUUAUUUUGCUACAAUAUUACUUUUCACAUUUUCCUUUUGUAUUAUUAUUAGUUCCCAAACUUCCAAUAUUAUAGGAAAAGAUGGAGAAUGGGAACUUAUAAGGGAAAAUGUUGGUGUAGUAGCCAUGCAUAUGGCCUUAACCCAUAAGAACACUGUCCUUAUUUUCGACCAAACCGGUUCUGGACCCUCUGCUUACCUACUUAAACACCGGGCCCACGGUGGAGAUUGUCAUGUGAACCACCCUAAUGACAUAAAAGACUCCAAAUGUUUUGCUCAUUCAGUUGAGUAUCAUAUUGAUACUGAUGAGUUAAGGCCAUUAAGAAUUGAGGCAGACCCGUUUUGCUCUUCGGGUUCAUUUCUUCGAAACGGGACCCUAUUGCAAACGGGAGGGUAUGCAAAUGGGUAUAAGAAGAUCCGGUACUUUCAGCCUUGUGAUAAUAGAAUGUGUGAUUGGAGAUUAGCUAAAAUUAGACUUACUAAAAGUAGAUGGUAUGCUUCUAACCAUUUACUUCCGGGUGAAAAUGAACGUGUCAUAAUAGUGGGUGGUAAAAAAGUAUGGUCUUAUGAAUUUGUUCCUAAAAGAUCACCUAAUGAAGUUGCUUAUACUCUUCCAUUUUUGCACCAAACUUAUAAUAAAUCUGAAGGAGGAAAUAAUCUUUACCCUUUUCUUCAUUUAUCAUCUAAUGGGCAUCUUUUUAUUUUUGCUAAUCGGGAUUCGAUUCUCUUCGACUACAGGCUUAACCAAGUUGUUAAGACCUAUCCAAGGAUCCCGGGUGGUGGAUCCAGGAACUACCCAAGUUCCGGGUCUUCUGUUAUUUUACCAUUGGAUCAUCAAAAUGGGUUUCAAAAGGUUGAGGUUAUGGUAUGUGGGGGUGCAAGUGAGGGAGCUUUUAGUGCAGCUCUUAAAGAAAGGUUCUUAGAAGGAUUAAAAACUUGUGGAAGAAUGGUGAUUACAGGAAAUAGUCAUGUUUGGAACAUGGAAGCAAUGCCCCAUGCUCGACUUUUAUCGGACAUGGUAAUACUUCCUACAGGACAUAUACUCAUCAUCAAUGGUGCGAAGCGAGGAGCUGGAGGGUGGAACAAUGCGGAUAGUCCUGCAAAUAAGCCGUUUUUGUACAAGCCGAAGAAUCUGAUAGGGGAAAGAUUUUCAGUCCUAAAGGAAACAAAUAUACCUAGGAUGUAUCAUUCAUCAGCUAUACUUUUACCAAAUGGGAAGGUUCUUAUCGGUGGAAGUAACCCAAAUAAAAGAUAUGUGUACAAUGAUGUAAAGUACCCAACUGAAUUAAGGUUACAAACAUUUGCUCCUCAAUAUACUGAUCAUAGGUUUAACCCUAUAAGGCCUAGUAACAUAUCUGUACUUAUUAACAAUGAGUUCCAAGAAAAGUUAAAGCCAAUUGAUAAUUUCACUAAGAAACAUACUACAAUUCAUAACAAUGGAACACAUCAUAGUAUAGUAAAUAUGCCUAGAAAUAACACCCAUAAGGUUAAUGGAAAUAAAAACCAUCACCAUGUAAAUAAGCCUAAAUCGACUUCUCAUAAGGCAAAAGGAGAUAAAACCCAUCACCAUUUGACUAAGCUUAAACCGACUCCUCAUAAGGCAAAUAGAAGUAGUAAUCAUCAUAUACAGAGCCAAGGUUCGAGCCAUAAAAGGCGGUUUAAGAAAAAUUCGAUUAGAAAAGAUUACAAAAAUGAUGGAGAUAGUAUGAGUGUAAGGUAUGGGGAUGAAUUUAAAGUGAGAUUUUGGGUUAAAAGGAGGUUGGAAAAUGAGGUACAAUUUAAUGCAUAUGCACCACCAUUUACAACACAUUCAGUGGCAAUGAAUCAAAGGUUGUUGAAGCUGAAAAGGAAGAAAUUAGUACAAGAUGAUGAUGGGUGGGUAAGUGCAAUUGUGGAAGCACCACCUUCAGCAAAUGUUGCACCUUCUGGGUAUUACAUGCUUUUUCUUGUGAAUAAUGGGAUUCCUAGUACUGCUCAAUGGAUUAAAUUUGUACAUGCAACAACUUCAUAGUAUUAUUAUUUACAUCUAGUUAUGUAAGU